GAUCGGGUUAGGAGUGGUGAUGAAAAUUCAAACGCUAAAAUUACACGGAUUUUUUUUUCUCGCAUGGUUUGGAUGUCCUUCCGAAUCCAACCCCAGGAGAAUAUUUCAUAAUAUUUCGUUUGUCCAGCAAAUACCAGGCAUGAAACCUUUGCUAGAACUAAUCAUAGGUGGUGCUCAGAUUGUGGGUCGUGCCUUUACAAGGGCAGUGAGGGAGGAAUUCCGCACCAGUCAACAAGCAGCUGAGAGAGCAGGUGGGGGGAGGCAGGGUGCUAGACGAGUUGCCAAUGAUUCAAUAACUGGAAUGACACUGCAGGAAGCCAAGCAGAUUUUAAAUGUGACAGAGCCACAUGAUAUAGAAACCAUUGAGAAAAACUACAAACAUUUAUUUGAAGUCAAUGACAAAGCCAAAGGUGGUUCCUUAUAUUUACAAUCAAAGGUAUAUCGUGCAAAAGAAAGAAUAGACAUGGAACUACAAAAGUCAGAACAAUCAGGAUCAAGUGAGCCUAAAGAACCUAAAACAUAACAUAAAACAAUUAGUUGCUGUGUUUUCAUCUAAAGUCCAGUCUGUGAUUUAAUCCUCAUGUACACGAGAUGUGGAAAAAAAGACUAUGUGGGCAUUUCAUGAUCAAGACUCAUUCCUACAUGUAGCUGGGAAUUAUGGGCUGAAUGUAAUGAACCACUUUAAGGUCUUCAUUGGUGACUGUUUAGAAAGUGUGUCAUAUGGGUGGAUGUCUUUCAUCAUUGCAUGCAUGAUCCUCAUCAGAUGAGGAUUUUUAUUAGUAUUAUUCUUGAGUACAGGACUUUGCAUGUUAUAAUAAAAUUAAACAACAAUGUUGAUACCCUAUAGAAACAGUAUCUCAGGAAAAUAUCAGUAAUUGAAUAAUGAAUAACAAAUAACAUGUAUAUUUGUCUGAUUUUAAAGGUUAGAGUCCAAAGUUUAAAUUUAAUGGAAAUACUUUUUUGCCAUCUUUUAUUUUCAUCUGGAGUUGGUUUUGUUGAUAAGAAAAAUAGAAAAUAUUUGUACAUUUCUUUACUAGCAUUUGAAAGACCAACAAAAAAUUUCGUUUCACCCUAUCCCAGUUAUAUGACAGACAAAGCAUAUCUGCUUCAUUUGCAUUUUUAUGAACAGAAAAAUCAACUAUCUUUCUUCUGUAUCCAGCAGUUAUAUUUUCUUGCAACUUUGAAAAUAAAAAUUGUUUCCCAAAGGUCCAAAUUAGUAACAAGCAAAUAAUUUUUUAAGGUAGCUCUAAAGCAAAUAAAAUUAAUCAGUAUUUUUUAUUGAGGAAUUCAAGAAUGAUUUAAAACACCACAUACGUAAAAUAUAUCAAACACGUUUUCUGUUUAUAUCUGAUUUAUUGUUGAUUUGAUUAAAUGAACAUACAUUUUAUACAUGUACAAUGUAUAAGAAAAAGAA